ACAGUGUGCAAUUGCAACUCGACGAACAUUUUCUUGGAAACUUCACGUCUCUUUUAUAGGUUUUGACUCUUCAGCUACACUCAAAAGGCGGAAGGGUUUUGGUUUUUUUUGGCAGCGACAUCUCUUGUAGCUUAGCAAUGGCCUUCUCUUUUCUACUCAGAUCUGCCGCUACUUCCGCCGCCGCUCCUCGUCUCGAGCUUUAUCCAUCGUCUUCAUACGAACAUUCUCAGGUCACGUCAGUUGGAUUCAGUCACAACCUGACCUCGUCCAGAUUUUCUGGUGCUGCCCUUUCAACAGGGUCAUCUUCAUCUUUGCACAAAUGCAAUGCUAGAAGCGUACAACCCAUCAAGGCCACUGCUACGGCAUCACCUCCUGCUGUUCAAAGGUCAAGGAGCAGCGGAAAGACAAAGGUCGGGAUCAAUGGUUUUGGUCGAAUUGGAAGGUUGGUCCUCCGCAUUGCAACCUUUAGGGAUGAUAUUGAGGUUGUAGCAGUCAAUGAUCCAUUCAUAGAUGCCAAGUACAUGGCUUACAUGUUCAAGUAUGAUUCUACUCAUGGAAAUUACAAAGGAACCAUCAAUGUAAUUGAUGAUUCUACUUUGGAGAUCAAUGGAAAACAGGUCAAAGUUGUCAGCAAGAGAGACCCAGCUGAAAUCCCGUGGGCUGAUCUUGGAGCUGAGUAUGUUGUUGAGUCUUCAGGAGUAUUCACCACUGUUGGUCAAGCAUCAGCACAUUUAAAGGGUGGCGCCAAGAAAGUCAUUAUUUCUGCCCCUUCAGCGGACGCGCCCAUGUUUGUUGUUGGAGUAAAUGAGAAGACAUAUCAACCAAACAUGGAUAUAGUGUCCAAUGCAAGCUGUACCACCAAUUGUCUUGCACCUCUUGCCAAGGUGGUGCAUGAAGAAUUUGGUAUUCUUGAAGGCUUGAUGACAACUGUCCACGCAACCACAGCUACUCAAAAAACUGUGGACGGCCCAUCAAUGAAGGACUGGAGAGGAGGCCGAGGCGCCAGUCAAAACAUCAUUCCUAGCUCAACCGGCGCUGCAAAGGCUGUAGGUAAGGUCCUUCCGGAACUCAAUGGAAAACUAACCGGAAUGGCUUUCCGUGUCCCAACAGCAAAUGUUUCUGUUGUGGAUUUAACUUGUCGACUUGAGAAGGAUGCAUCUUAUGAAGACGUUAAGGCAGCCAUAAAGUUUGCAUCAGAAGGACCACUUAGGGGCAUUCUUGGGUAUACAGAAGAAGAUGUUGUUUCUAACGAUUUUGUAGGAGAUUCAAGGUCAAGUAUCUUUGAUGCAAAUGCUGGGAUUGGGUUAAGCAAGUCCUUCAUGAAACUUGUCUCCUGGUAUGACAAUGAAUGGGGUUACAGCAACCGAGUCCUCGACCUGAUAGAGCAUAUGGCAUUAGUUGCAGCCAGCCGCUAAACCAUGCCGCUUUCUUUAUGAAGCCAAAGAUUCUCCUCCUUAUAUGGUACCUAGCUUCUUGGUUUUGGUUGUUGUUGGGGUUCGAAUUAUUGAAAUUUGAACCAUACGAUUUUAAUAAUAAGGGAAAGGUUUUUUUAUAUUGUACUAAGAAAAAUUGUUGGAAUCCCUGUUGAGAGAAAGAUGUACCUUGUUAUCCAGUAUAAAGAUUGGUCUCCAAGUUUGGAAGUUAUAUGUUUGUUGGUUGGCUUCAA